AAGUCUUCAACGAAUGCCUAACUGAAGAUGAAUUUAUUCAUGUAUUAUACAAUGAAGAGUCAGUAAAUAAAACGAAUUUCGCAGUGAACGAAACGAAUGUCGCAGUAAAUGAGCUGAAUAACAACAAUAAUUUCCAAAAGUAUCAAUCAAUAGUAGAAAAAACCAAAACUAAAACGAAUAAUUUUUCAUUAAAAGAAACGAAUUAUGAUAAAUGGGAAAUAUUAAAUUUUAAAUUUGAUAACAUGACUCGUGAAGAAAAAUUUGACAAAAGAGGUUUAAUAUUAUAUUUAGAAAUUAGAAGACUUAUAGAAAUAUUAGAAAAAAUUAAGCCAAGUUUAGUCAAUUCUUGGCUUCAAUUCUUUAUUGACAGUACUGACAUAAAUGAUAACAAAUUACAAAUAGAAAAGUUUCAUUCUUUUAUAUAUGACUAUUUAAUUCCUAUUCAAAAAUCUAGUCUUGUAUUCGUGCCUUAA